AUGGAAGGAUCUCACUACUCGCCUGAUGGUUUAGCUUCGACGAGUGCCGCCGCCUAUCCUUCGCCUAGCACCCGCUCCAGCACCGCGCAGCCCGAACAGCAGCAGCAGUAUCACGCUCAAGUUCUGCCGCCCAUUCUCGACCAGAGCAAGAACAACCACGCGUGGAAAAUCAUGUACGCAGGUAGCCACCAGCCGCCUCAUAGUCAGGCGAAUGCCGGCCCGGCUCCUGGCUCUAACCUCCCCAGCUACCACCAGCAGACAACCCAGGCUUCGGCGAGAGGUCCUGCCUAUGCCAUGUCUGGCCCUCCCUCUUACCCAUCUCCCCACGCAUUUAGUAUGCCUCAGACUUCCCAGGCCAUGUCCCACCCGCAGCCCAUAGCCCCGGCGCCCCCUGCCGGCCGUGGUGCUCCGGUAUUACGGCCCAUGCCUGGUGUCAUGAACCAGCAGGGCGUAAUGGGAAACCCUAUGAUGCAGCAAGGCCCCGGAUUGCAGGAGGGCGAGCAGCCGACUCACGUUGUUGGCAGCCAGGGACGCCGUGGUAUACUCCCGAGCGCCCCCGGCCGUGUCCCCGUCGGUCAGGUCAACAGCAAAGGCCAAAUCACCCCAGUAAAGGAUGCGGAUGGCAAGUUCCCUUGCCCGCACUGCACCAAGACGUAUCUCCACGCUAAGCAUCUUAAGCGCCAUCUUUUACGCCACACUGGCGAUCGCCCCUACCGUUGUGUGUUGUGUAACGAUACAUUCUCCCGCAGUGACAUCUUGAAGCGUCACUUCCAGAAGUGCUCGAUCCGCAGAGGCAACCCCGCUGGCGUUACGCAUCUAUCGCUCCCCCAGGCGCACGUCAAGAAGAGCCAGCCCCCGGUUCAAAAAGCCCCCGCGCCCGUCGGCAUGGAAGGCGAUUUGAACCAUUUGAACGGCGGCCUCGGAAACAUGCCCGGCGACGGCAUGUCUCAUGGAUACCCCAUGGUGCCUGUGCCCGAUGGUUUGCCUAACCUCGCCAACGAUCAGGGCCAGAUGCAGCGAUCGAACAUGAGCCGGAUCGAGAAUAACGGUGCUCAGGAUCGUCAGGGUCUAGGUGGUCCCGUAAUGGGCUCUGCCCCUGGCCGUGGAUACGAGCAGCACUAUGCUAGCAACGUCGCGGGUUCGAUGGCCAACCAGCAAAUGCAGGGCUAUAACAUGCCCCCUGGUCAGAAUGGAAUGCCCAUGUAUGCGGGCGGGUCAAACUCGAACCAGCAGGUUGACUGGAGCCAAGUGUUUCCAACUGGUGCGCAAGAUUCCUACGCCAAUGCCUUCCCUCCUAAUAUUGGUCAGACGCAGAUUCCGGUCAAGCAAGAACCUAAUGUCGAGAACGAUCGAACAGACGGAGUCCCAGGUGUCCGGCCCACCGACUCGCUUUUCUUCGCCAACUAUAUGCCGCCAACCGCUCAGAAUCCUUACGCCCAACUUUCUAACCAACUCCUCACCUUCUUCCAAGGAGUGAACUCACCCUACACGACUCAACACGACCUCACCGCCGCCCACUCCUUCUUCACACCUGACAACGUCAAAGACUUCCUCACCAAAUACACCCAUUUUCACAUCCAUUUCCCGUUGAUGCACGUCCCUUCCGUCCGCAUUAUGGAGAUGAACACGAGCUUACUUGCAGGAUUAUGUUGCGUAGGGGCAUGCUACUCCGACUUAGUGUCCCCUGACCAUGUGCGCGAUGUUAUGGACCUCGUGCGACUAGCUUUCGAGCAACAAUCUAGCCUUUUAGCCAAGGAUUGGCAACACUCUGCAAGUUACGCUACUUCAUUGUCCGGGGACGACAUCGACGAAGUACAAGCCCUCAUUUUGAUAGCUGCUCUCCAUGUUUGGCACGGCACGCCUCUGCAGCGUGAGUGGGGCCAGCGUAGCUACGCCCUGCUCUCUCUUAUCGUUAGGAAUGCCGGUCUUCUACGCAUCACUCCCGACUCUCGACCUUACUCCCCUCUCCAUCAACCCGGCUUUUCGCCACAGAACUUCGAUGUUUCGAGUUUUGACUGGAAUAUGUGGGUAGAACAAGAGAAGCGAGUAAGGGUUGUGCACGUCAUUUUCCUCGCAGACACGGCCAUGAGCAUGUAUUUCAAUAUGACGCCCAGGCUUGAUAGCUUCGAGAUCAAUAUUCCAUUGCCAUCUGACGAUGGUUCGUGGGAUGCCCGCACGGAUGUCGAUUGCGCAGCCGCGUUAGGCCUUUACGGGCCAGAAGCGGCGAGGAAAAGAGCGCGGAUGGCACGCAUCGUGCCAAGCAACCCGAAAUGA